UUUUAUCCCAAAGGCGGAUUACAAAAAGGCCAAUUUUAUCCCAAAAUUGGAAUCAAAGAGGGCCGAUUUUAUCCCAAAAGCGGAUUACAAAAAGGCCAAUUUUAUCCCAAAAGCGGAAUUCAACAAGGCCAAUUUUAUCCCAAUUUCGGGAACCAACAACAUCGAUUUUAUCCCCAAACCAACACCCAACAUCAUAAUAUAUAUGCAAAUAUGGGAAACUCAGCUCUUCCGUCUUCUCCAAGUGAUGCCAACCAAACAGGCACACCUAGUCCCAACAAUGCUGCAGACCAAGCACUCACAUCUCAUCCCAAUGCUGCAAACCAAAAAUUUAAACCUCAUCCCCAUAUGGCAAGCCCAUCAAGCCCAUUUCAACCAAAAACUUCAAAAUCAACUCUUCAGUCUUAUCUAAGUAUAGAAAACCAAAAACGCCCAUCGGUUCCGCAAACAAGUCAAUCUAUGGCGAAUUCUUCCAGCCCAGACAUGCCAGUCGAAUACUACAACCCUAAGCGCGCCAGUCUGUGGGGAUCACUACAAACCAAAACACUUUGGCUUAUAGAAAAUACAGCUAGCCCAAAACGUCAGUCUAUGUCAGAUGUUGAUGAC